CCUUUCUGUACAUGUCUGUGUCUGCACUGGAAUCAUUAAUAAAGAUCUGCUGAAUGCACCAAAUUAAAUCUAAAUGUUAAUCCGUUGUGUGUAUGUAUCCUUCUCCCUUCUCCCCUUCCUCCCUCUCUCCCCUUAGCCACUCCAUGUCUCUGAUGGAUGGUCACAGAUUUCGUGUUUUCGCCGUGACCUUUCACCCAGAAAAAGAGGAUGAGUUCAUCUCUGGAGGCUGGGACAACACAGUGCAGUUCUGGGAUUCUAAGCAACAACAUUCUGUCAGGAAGCUAUCCGGCCCUCACAUCUGUGGCGAUGCCCUCCAGAUCGAUCCCUCGACUAAUCAGAUUCUCUCGGGCUCCUGGAGGAAGGAGCGCGCGCUCGAGAUCUGGGAUUAUAACUCCGGAGAGAAAGUGACUGAAAUUUCUGACGACCAAGACGGGCAUAGUUUGAUCUACAGUUGUCAUUGGCUGGGUGCUGAUCAUAUGGUCGCCGGUGGCAGUGAAUCCAAUCUGUGCCGAGUGAUUGACAGGAACACCAAGCUGUCCCUGGGCAGGCUGGUUGAUCUCCCGGGUGGGGUGUACAGCACUGCUGUUUGCUCCGCUGGGCAGUGUGAGGGGCUGAUAGCAGCCAGCUCCCGAAACUGUGUCUACCUGCUGGAGAGAACUACAGCUCCUACAACACAUUGCUCAGACAGAGAGAACUACCGCUCUCAGGAUGCACUGCUCCCACUGAGAGAGUAUAGCGCACAGGCUACACUGUUGUAGAACUAUGUCUCCCACAAUACACUGCUCUGACCUGAGAGACACAAAUUCUCUAUUAACAUUUAUUUUUUGUUUUAUUUAAAUAUUUUUUUACACAAAAACAUGACAAACAAUGAAUUAUACAAAUGUAUUUCUCAAAAAAAUCUCAAAUACAUUAGCAAUUUAUGUAAUUGUAGAUAGAGCUAGAAUACUGCAGGGGUAGUGUGUGAUAUGGGAAUUGAAUGCCCAUCAGAGGGGUGGGAUACUACAUAAACCCAGAGGCUGGGCAUUACAUUCUCAUUUAUCACAUACUACCUCAUACAGUAUUCUUUUUAGAAUCUCAGGUUAGCAAUUUUGCCUGCCACAGUUUUGUGUUGCUUUGUGUGGGGAGGGGGCUACCCUAGUUUGCUAAUGUCAGUGAGUUAUUAGCUUGUGCUGUUUAGUGUUAAUAAGCAAGUGAUCACAAGUAAUCACUGUAUGAGCCCAAAUGAAAAAAAUUGCUCACCAGUUAUAAUGUAUAUUUAAAAAAAUUUAU